AUGGAAGGUGUCGCAGAAGGAACUCAGCAGCAUCACCUUGUUCUUGCCAACAAGAUCUUCCUCCUUGCUCAUCCCGAUGUGCAAGACAAGGAUAAAGUCGCUCUCAAGUCUGAUAUCCUCAACUACAUCAAAGCUCACAACAUGGCUCCCUUGAACGAAACCUUGGUGGCAUCUUCUGUUCUGCAUUUAGAUCAAAACUUUCUCGAUUCUAUGCGUGCUUGUAACGAUGGGGAGCUUACGAAGCUUGAUGAGAAGAUUUCAGAUGCAGAACAAAAUUUAGGCGAAAGUGAAAUCCGUGAAGCUCAUCUCGCUAAGGCUCUCUACUUCAUCACGAUUAGUGACAAGGUGAAAGCUUUGGAGCAGCUAAAACUCACUGAAGACAAGACUGUUGCCGUGGGACAGAAGAUGGAAUUGGUCUUUCAUACGCUGCAACUUGGUUUCUUCAAUAUGGAUUUUGAUCUGAUUUCAAAGAGUAUUGAUAAAGCAAAGAAGUUGUUUGAAGAAGGAGGUGACUGGGAAAGGAAGAACCGUUUAAAGGUCUACGAGGGUUUGUAUUGCUUGUCCACUAGAGAUUUUAAGAAAGCAGCGAGCUUGUUCUUGGACUCCAUUUCAACUUUCACCACAUAUGAGCUUUUCCCAUAUGAAACCUUUAUAUUCUACACGACCCUUACAAGCAUUAUCACUCUGGACAGAGUUUCUUUCAAGAAAAAGGUCGUUGACGCGCCUGAAAUCUUAACGGUGAUUGAUAAAAUCCCCUUCCUCUCAGAGUUUCUAAACUCAUUUUACAACUGUCAUUAUAAGGAUUUCUUAUCUGCAUUUGUUAUGACUUACUCUGACACUUCUGGACUCACGGAGCAGAUAAAGCUUGACAGAUACCUAAACCCUCACUUCCGGUUCUACAUGAGGGAAGUGAGAACAAUGAUCUACACUCAGUUCCUAGAUUCCUACAAGAGUGUCACUACCGAAUCAAUGGCAAAGGAAUUUGGUCUCUCUGUAGAUUUCUUAGAUCAAGAACUAUCAAGCUUUGUUCCAGCUGGAAAACUUGAUUGCAAGAUCGACAAAGUUGCAGGCAUUGUCGAGACAAACCGAUCAGAUGUGAAGAAUGCACUUUAUCAGUCAACCAUCAAACAAGGAGACUUCUUGCUAAACCGGAUACAGAAGCUCUCGCGUGUUAUCGACAUUUGA